GCGACUACAAACAAGUCGCUAAUGUUUGGAAAGCAGGGGAAAGAAGGUGUCGCUCCCGUCUGGGAUACCUACCUAUUACCCAUCAUCUCAGAUUCUCCUUCGUUCUUCUCAGCUCCUACAUCUAUUCUCCCUUCGCAUUCGGAUUGUCCAGUAUUCUCGCUCAACAUAAGCAAUUGAUGACUACGCCACUCAUAAACCUUAAGCUUCAACAUGGCAACUCUUAAUCCAUCAGCCGGUGAAGAAACACCUCUCUUGCCUGCGCCACCGCAAAUUUCUAGUGCCUCUAUGUCUGCGAGAUGGUCUCGAUGGAUCUCUAAUCGAACAUAUGCAUCCUCGAGCUCUUGCACCCGCCGGGCACGUUCACCUCACGUGAUAACGGCUAUCGUGCUUGCAUCUUUAUUUUGGCUCGAGUUUGGGGAGUAUUUGAUGGCAGUACCAGUAUUGAGAGUUUACGAGGAUAUCAUCUGCCACCACUACUAUGAUCUUUUACAGGGUGCGGAUUAUACAGUGCUGCUGGGAAACAUCGAUGAGAGCAUGUGUAAAAAAGAUGAUAUUCAGAAUGAACUGAGUAUUGUGGUCGCAGGAUCUCACUUUCUUGGAGCAAUAUCAGGCAGGUAGUGAAGGGAAAAUCCAAUAGCAUAGCUGAAAAAGGAGCUAAUUCAACCCAAGGUCUUAUUGCGACAAUACCGUAUGGUAUGCUUAUGGACAGGUAUGUACCAAUUUCCACGUACUAUUAUCUAAAUUUCUACAUAUAUUCACAAAUAGAAGAUUAUUCAAUAAGAUUUUCCUUUCAAAGAAAACAAUAGUCUAUAGCUUUUGAAGGUGAUCCAAACAAAAAUUAUACUAAUACCCAACAGAAUUGGACGAAAGCCAAUUUUCAUGUUAGCAAUGAUAGGUAUAGUCCUUGAAGCUCUGUGGGGAGUGGUAGUCAUGUGGUUUUGGCGUAUGCUCCCCCUCCGCCUCGUCUGGCUCAGUCCCGUCUUUACCUUGAUCGGAGGUGGAUCAAGUGUAGGAAGCAUGGCAUUUUUUGCUAUCAUAAGUGACAUCACUCCGGAAGCAAAGAGGUAUGCUUGUUUUCGACUUUCAGAUACUAAAGCAAACACUAACGAAUACAGAACUGAUGUAUUCUUCCUGGCAGCCGCUACGGAUCUUGUUGCUCAGCUAAUUGCUCCGUCUAUGGCUGCUAUCUUGAUGGCCAAGUCUCCGUGGAUUCCCCUUAUUCUGGGGUUAUUUUCCUUUAUCCUAGGAAGUAUCCUCGUAAUAUUCAUUCCAGAAACCCUAAACAUAAAUCAGACUUCCGAUUCGUUGCACCACACCUGUCCUUCCAACAAUGACUUCCCAAAUAGCCCAAAAUCACAAAAGUCCCUUUUACCCACAAUCAAACACCAGAUUGCAGCUAGUCUCCAAUCUCUAAAAUCCUCAAUCUCAAUUCUCAACUCUGCGCCUCUAAUCCUACUUCUCGUCACCUUCAUUCUCGCACAUUUCAGCGGUCAAUCUGUCGAUAUCUCCCUCCGCUAUAUUAGUAAUCGCUUCCACUUCCCUCUCCGCUACAGCUCCUUCCUCUGGUCCCUCCGCGCCGGAGUACAAAUCAUUCUAUUUUUACUCGUCCUCCCCAUCCUAUCACGCAUUAUGACUACCAGUCUUCAAAUGCCCCCUGGAAAAAAAGACCUCUAUCUAGCCCAAACCUCAAUCCUCAUCCUCGUCCUAGGAUCCAUCUUAAUCGCCGCAUCUCCAACGCUACCAUUGGCAAUUCUCGGAAUGGCAGUAUUUACUCUAGGCGCUGGAUAUAUCUCCACAACGCGCUCCCUGAUAACAACGCUAGUCGAACAACAACACAAGGGACAAUUAUAUGCGGCAGUAGCGGUGGUUGAGACGACUGGAAGACUAAUAGCAGGACCAGCAUUUGCUGAACUUUAUAUUAUAGGAUUAAGGUUAAAAGGCGCUUGGGUUGGAUUACCAUUCUUUGGACUAGGUGUUAUAUGUGGUUUGUCAGGGAUAGCUGUCUGGAGUGCUGGCUGGGUGAUGAGUAGGAGAAAUUGGAAUUGGGAAAAUGGUAGUAAUGAGAGUGUGGGAGAUUUGGCAAAUGAAGAGGAGGAUGAAAUUGCAGUAUUAAAUGAGGAAGUGGUGGUUCGAUGAUAGGAGGAGGAAAGGUGAUUUAGUAUAAUUACUAGAUUUGGAUAUAUUCAAGAUCUAGAGAGAUAGAAAAGGCGGUUUUCAUAUUAUAUAUGUAUAUAGAGACUGUUUAGAUUUAAUGUAAUAUAAUAUA